GACGUCAGCCGGGAGGCCGGCUCUCCGGAGCCCAAGGCUCGUGUGAGGAUCUGGCGGUGGAUGCUGGGCUGGUCUCGCCGCCGCCGCCGCCGCUAUUGCUGCUGCUUCCUCCUGGGCUCGCCGGAGCAUGGAGUAUUAAGACGCGCCUUUCUGCACUGCGAGAAACCUGGCAGGUGUUUUACUUCAGGAUGCCAAGCAUAUACAGCCAUCAGGAGCCCCAACUCCAUCUUGCACCUGGAGGUGUAAGGAGCAAGACAUGGGAUCAGAGCCAGAGAAUGUAGAAGUCCUUACCUAAGAUGGGCAGCCAUUCCGUACUCACAAAGAUAAGAUCCUGACGCCAACAUGGGGAAACAGAAUAGCAAGCUACGCCCUGAAGUCAUGCAAGAUUUGCUAGAAAGCACAGACUUUACAGAACACGAGAUCCAGGAAUGGUACAAAGGUUUCCUGAGAGACUGUCCAAGUGGACAUUUGUCCAUGGAGGAGUUUAAGAAAAUCUAUGGGAACUUUUUUCCUUAUGGGGACGCUUCUAAAUUUGCUGAACACGUAUUCCGCACUUUUGACGCUAACGGUGAUGGAACAAUAGACUUCAGAGAAUUUAUCAUCGCCUUGAGUGUAACGUCACGAGGAAAACUGGAGCAAAAGCUGAAGUGGGCGUUCAGCAUGUAUGACCUGGACGGAAACGGAUACAUCAGCAAGUCAGAGAUGCUGGAAAUAGUCCAGGCAAUCUACAAGAUGGUUUCUUCAGUUAUGAAGAUGCCAGAAGAUGAGUCAACCCCAGAAAAAAGAACAGAGAAAAUCUUCCGUCAGAUGGAUACUAAUCGAGAUGGAAAACUUUCUCUGGAAGAGUUUAUCCGGGGAGCCAAGAGUGAUCCAUCCAUCGUCCGUCUCCUUCAGUGUGAUCCGAGCAGUGCUGGGCAAUUCUAAAUCAGUUGCUUGGAUUAUUUCAUGUCUCUGUUUUCAUUUCUCUUCUCUUCUUGCCAAACAACAUUCAUGGUGGUGUUGCCUCGAUAUGGCCAACUAUGCCUUCUUUUGUGGCAUCUUUAGCUUAGUGAGAGAUCCAUUAGGAGUACUGCACAGUCUCUGAAACUGGUCCUGGUUGCAGAGAGUGCCAUUUGCACCACCCAUGUCAAUUAUGAAAUUGCUGCAAAAUUCUAUGGCCUGACCUAGGAGUAAACCCCAUUUUGUUAAAAGGAACUUGCUUCCUAGCAUGCUUUGGAUGUAAACCUUAAGUUUUGUUUUGUUAUAGAAUCCAAGUUUUAAAAAGAAAUAGGCAAGGGGCAUGAGCCUUACUCCAAAGCUAUAUACGGUUCUGAUAUGCAUGUGGAACAGUGUGGAAGAAAUGUCCGCCAUAGUCACUUCAGUACUGGGAAAUGCUGAUGAAAAUCCACAGACAUUGUAGUGAACAGAGAAACUCAGUUUCUGUGGAGCUUCAUUUGUGCCCCAGUCUUACUGGAUCAGAGCCCAUGCUUGCAUUACAGACAAACCCAGGAUAAAUUAUGUUUGUACCCAACAUAAUUUUGCUGCAUGCCACUUGAAGCAGGCUGCAAUGAUUCUUCAGUAGGUUUUUGCCUGUCACUAAUACCAUUACCCCCAGCUUGGGGAUAGGGCUACAACUGUCUAGAUCUCAAUGCAGCCCCUUAACUCAGUAGUUCAGCAGCAAUUAAAGGGUAAAUGAAACAUGCACAAGCCCUAAGAAAUCCUCCACAAUCUGUGCCUGGGGUGGAGGGGUGGGUCUAAAUGUUGUUGUUCUGAUAAAGAAUUCCACCCACCCCUAGGGACUGUUGGCAUGGCGGGUACAAUUUCCACUCAUCCUCAAAGAUGUGAAUCAUUUGAUAGGUUGGGACCAUUUAGCAGAGAUCGGCAAUAGCUACUAGUCAGUGAGAACCAAUCAUUUUCUCAGCUAACACACUUCAUCCAUCUGUGAUAUCAUCAUAACACUGCUCACUGUUCCUGUAAGGUGAAUAAAGGAGGAAAAGACUGUUCCGCUGUCUUGAGCAGGUGAUGCCAUUCGAUCUUCCUAAAACAGAGCAUCCAUGUGGGAAUGGGGAGGAUGGGAGAGAGUGUCCUUUAGAGGGCCAAGCUCUGUUAUCAUUUUGGAUAAGAAAAUUGGGAAUGUGUGUAAAGGAAACCAUCCUUAAGGGGUAGGGAUGUUUUAAUGAGGGACUGCAAGGCCAAUAGCUUGAAGCCCAUUCUUCUAGAAGAGAGUGAUGACAAAAUGCUGGGAUUAUGUACAUGAAUGGGAGAGAAAUGUUUUGGGAAAGUGGGCUUUUUUCCUCUCCUGCAUCAUUAGAUAGAUUUUUAAAAAAUAGUUAAGGAGAAUCAGGAAGAUUCACAUGUUAUAGCAGCAAAUAUAUGUGUUUUAAAUACAUGGCCUGCAGAGUUAAAGUAAAGGUGAGUAGGGGUUUGCAGUAGAGAAUCAGCACAAAAGAUGCUUAACCCUUGUGCCUGCCAAUUCUCUUCUACAAUGGCCCUUAGAUCCUCCCCCCCCCCCCCGCCCCAAGUCAGACUGCUUGACUGAGAGAAAAACAAUCGGGAAAAGAUCAGAGGGGCAUUUGAAGUGAAAAUUCAGCAGGCCAAGAAAAACUAAGCACUCAUUAGUCGCACCCUUCAAAUUUCUCACUUCUUGCAUUAGUGUCAAAAGAAACCUGGGGCCAGGGGCCAGAGUAUGGUCCUGCCCUGUAAGCAAUGCUGAGAGGUAGAGGGGGGCCAAAUAAAUACAUAAAUAUUUCCACUUUGCACUUCCAGUGUUUCACAGAUGUAAGUAGUGGCACUGCAGGAAGCAUGUCAGUUUGACCUUAACUUUGUGUGUCCACCUUAAAGGAGGAAAGGUCACCAAGAGAUGAUUUGUCUUCCCAGUUUUCAGGUAGCAGUAAGGUUUUGUAAUGGUGAUUCGUUAAACUCCUUCUAUGUUUGAAGUUUGAGCCAGGGCUGCCUCAGGGUAAAGGACUGACUGAUCUGAUACUGCUCAUGGCUGAUCCAAGCCACACCCCUGUGAUGUUACUAUAGCAACUUGGCUGGACCCAGCCAUUGGUGGCCACAGAUCUAGAAAACAACAUCUGCCACUUCCUGCACUGUCAUGAGCUGAGUCUCUGACUGAUUAUACACUGCUGCUCUACCCCACAGUGGGGGAACAUUUCUUUCAGGGCAGAGAUUUUCUUGCAGAUGCACUCUUUGCUGUGGCGCCACAGAUUCCAAAAGCCCCCAAAGUUAGAGUGGGGAAAUCCUGAUGUUUCCCCUUGCUUCAAGGUUUCUAUUCCUUCUGCUUUCUUCCUCCCCAACUCCUUGCUGGCAUUUCCAGGGGAUCUAUGGCCAACUUGUGAAAAGCACAAAAAUAUCGAUAUAACACAGAAAUGUCGAUAUAAAAACUAAGCUGGAAAUCAUGCAAUGACCAGGAGCAACCUAAAAGUCGGGGCAUACAAGUCGCACAGGAGACAAUAGGGUGCCUCCUCAUGUGUAAACAGAGAAACACAAGGAGACCCACUUCAGAGUGAAGAGCCCCGAGGAAAGCACUGAAUGCAUAAUAGGCCUCUGUGAUAUUUCAGCACCCUCCCCACUGUGUCCCCCCAAACCCAUUCUUGAAUAGCUCAGUCAGAGUACUGGCCCUGAUUAGAGUUUCAUGCAACCUCAUUAUGUGGUUAUAUUUUCACAAUACAGUUUGAAUCACAUCUUGAAAGUGAAUCAACCAUGAAAUGAUCUUCAAACUGAAUUUUUCAUGCUGUAUUUUAGUCCACAGGGAUUUUUUUUACAGGGUGCAGGGAGGGGAACACUAUGAUCAAGUACUGUUUUAGAUGUAAAAUUAUAGAAUUCGUACUUCAGUAUAGCUUGUAAGCCUGUACUGAAACACAAAAACGCUACCAUUUGUGAUAUAUUUAUACAUACACAUAUAUAUAUUAAAUAUUUUUUAAAAUAUACAAAAAGUUAUAGGA